CCAAAAAAAAAAGAAGAGAUCCCUAAAAUUGAAUCGCGCUAAAUCGCAAAUUGGGAAAAGGGGGGAAAGGGAUCUCUGAGUGAUGGCGUCGUCAAGCGAUCCAUCAAAACCAGUGAUGGAGAGGAAGAAGAAAGGAGCUCCGAUCAAAUUCUUGGUGCCUCUCAUAUACGCGCCUGCUCUUCCUUUGAUCCGGUUAUCUUUAAGGCGUCAGCCAGUUCUCAGAGACCGUCUCUUCGGCCUCGUCCUCGUCGGUGCUUUCGCUCAUGGCUUCUAUCUUGUAACGGAUAUAUACGAUCAAGAGAGCAAAUGAAUAGAAAUGGGAGUUGCAGAGCCAUUCAACAAGAGCUCGAAUACUUCUUCGGGUGUCUUCUUUUUUUUCAGAUAAAUAAAUUUUGCUUUUGGGUUUAAAUCUCUUGACACAUUAAUCCAUUAGUCACAAUCAUCUUGUUUCCCUAAGAAGAGAAAAAAGUUUAUCAGCUUCUACAUUUUUUCAAAUCACAUUCUUGAGUGUUACAUAAUACAGUUUGACAUAAGAUGCAUUCCAACA